AUAAAGAGAUGGGAUUCCCCGGCGGCCUCGUUGUUGCUCGCUCCUUCCGUCAGUCAGGUCGUAUGGUGGUUGUGCCCUUGGACCACCGUCGAUUUUUCUCUGAGCGGAACGAAACAAAGAUACUUGUGCCUAUUUGGAAUAAAUAAUCCGAAAAUUGAACAUCUCAGUUAUCAAAAUACCGGAAAAAUACGACGAAACACAACCAUUUUGUGACUGAAUUUUGCUCGCAAUCGGUGACCUAGUUCCGCUAAAAUCGAGUCGACUUACACGAGGAGCCGGCCAGCUGAUUUCCAAUAUGGAGGCCGACCAACAUUUAGCAAACGACUACAUUUCAGAGUUCGAUCUCGACCAGUUACUUGAUCAUCCAGGAAUAAAGAAGGAAAUAGACAACAAAUUUACCGAUUGUUGUAGAUCUACAGUGAAUCCCCCCGUCCCCGCUGCUGCGAAAAUAACCAGGCAGACCGCGCCUGCACCCACUGGACAUAGUGUGCCCCCGUCGCCAAGUUACACGGAAAGUGUACCCCCCAGUCCGACAGAUAAUGAGCAGCUGAUGGAAGAUAUAAGCUGGCUAACUCAAAGUGUAACUGGCUUUGACUCGGCUUCCGACACUUCCAGUAACCAAAGCGACGUGGACAUGCUCAUAUCAUCCAGUCCCGAGUUUGUGAAAAAUUUCAGCAAAUAUUUGGUGUCCGGAGACGAGGCAGGGAAGGGGGAUUUACAGUGCACCCCGCCCAUACAAGUGCGGGAGGGAAAUGCAAAAUUCACGCGCUCUCUUAGUACCGCAAGCACCGACAGCGACUUCAGUUCUGUGUCGUCAAAUAUGGCGGUCGAAGACAAAGUGGCGAUGAAAAUAAAGACAAAUUUAAAAGCACCGAGACGGAGUAACUUCAGCAAAAAGAACGAGGCUUUGGAAGACGAGGAGUUAGUUAUGCUCCCUGUGCGAGAGCUCAACCGUCGUCUGCAGGGAAUGUCAAAGGAGGAAGUGCAAAAACUCAAACAAAAACGCCGGACAUUAAAAAAUCGUGGCUACGCGCAAAACUGCAGAUCAAAAAGAAUGCAACAACGCAACGUGCUAGAGAAAACAAACAAGUCUCUCGAGCAACAAGUGCAGCAACUACAACGGCAGCUCAGCUUGCUGACCCGGGAGAAGGAAUUUUAUAAGCAGCAGUGCGAACUUCUCGGGGCCCGCUGUAGCCUCGUUACGCAGGCAAGAAAGCGUGACGGUUCCCUCACGGACGGUUCUGUAUCCAGCUACCCUAGUUCCCCAGAGUGAAAAUAUCACCAUGGUCACCUAUAAACCCAACAACAGUGAAUUUCUUUCAACGUUUCUGUUCACAGCUGGGUUUGUGUUAAUUUAUUACUUGAAAUUUUUUCAUAUCCUCAACAAGGAAAAAUGGAACUCAUGUAAAUAUUAAAAAAGUGUCCCAGCGCUGUAUAUUUAGUUCUCACCCAACUCAUACUCUGUGUUAUUAUAAACAUGUGUAGAUAUAUCAGCUGUUGAUCAUUUGUUGUUUAUGUUUUUACAGUUCAUCAACUUAUGAUAAUACAAAGUAUUGUACAAGAUGUUAAUCUGUGCUUACUUAAGCAUCUGUUACUUGUUAGAAAUGUUGUUUAAAAAAAAAAUCUUGUUGUUGACUGGGGAUAGAAUUUCAUCAUCUGCUUUCCUUGAUAUUAAGAAAUCUGUUUUAUCAGUUUUGAUGUUGACCUACUCUCCUCUCUGAUGUUAUUUUGUUAGAGAAGAAUGUUAGCUUGAAAAUUGUUCUCAACUUGUGCCAUGCUUCCUGAAGAAAUGAUGAAUGGUUUAAAACUGGGUAAUCUCCACACACAAAAAUGAGAUGUCUUGAGCAAGCAAUAGCUGGGAACAAUUUUUUGGUACAGCAUUCACUUUUAGAGUACCCACUGCAAGGGCAAACAUAAACCAGUGUGGUUACCUAUACUACGGAUCUGUGAUAGUGGAAGUGAGGGGUCGUAUCAAAGCACGGAUUUUUUAAGACUUUUUAAAUAUUUUGAGUCCCUGUUUUGGGAAAGGACAUUGUGAGCGAGAUCUGGAAUUUUACUGGUAUUAUCAGGAGAUGACAUUUAUAUGAUAGAACUGUGUGUUUGCCCAGUAUACUUGAAUAUAUAGGGCUUACUUUGAAAACUGAAGCAAAUCAGAGAAAAAAGUUCCCAUUUAGGCAUUGUCAGCUUUACAUUUAAAUUGAGAUGUAUAAAUGUUUGUUUCUCUUAGAAAAUGUGUGAAUGUAUGAACGAGUUGCGUGUGUGAAUAUGUAACAAUUUAAAAUUUGACAAAAAAAAAUACAAAGAGCAUCAACAAAAAAAUUAUAAAAAUGUUUAAAAUGUGAAAAAAUAUAUUUGAAAAAUGCUGGCAUUUUAUAAAUCCAGUACCAAAAAAAAACAGCAAAAUGUAAGGAAAAAAAAAAAAAAUUAGCCCACGAAUGUGUAUUGAAACUGUAAAUAUUGCCUUUCAAGCUUGCUUAUUCAUCAGUUUGAAUUUUUCUAAAGAAUUGAUGUUAAAGUGACCAGAAAAGGCAGGAAUGAAGUACUAUACUGAGAACAGUCUGGGCAAUAUGGAUCAGACGGACACGGACCGAUUUUAUUUACUGGACAUGACAUUAAAAAGCGAUUUGUAUGUAAAGUUAAUAUUCUUUGCAUCACAGAUUUGUAAUAUUGUAUCUUGGAAUGUAAAGCAGGAAGUCGCGUGCACCCUUUAAUGAGUGGCAACUUGUUGGUAUGGUUGUCAUCUAGGGGGACUGUUCAUUGGAGAAGGCACCAAUAGUGCAAAGGAAUAUGAGAAUGUUAUUGCAAAAAUUCUUGUUGAGCCUGUUUUUUGUUUUUUUUUAAGUGAACAAAGUGCUUUUGAGGUGGAUCAAACUUUCUGCUUUACAUUUUUAAUGUUAUCAUGUUUGACUUGUAAGCCUGCUGGUGCAAGUAAAUAAAUGCAUGAAAUUAU